GUGGGGAUGGCAGAACCAGCAAGAACUUCAACAAAUUCAGACGGAAUUUCCCGACGAAAGCUCGGUCUUGCAGAAAUCGGCCGUUUCACAACUGGCGGCCGUCCCCUUCUCUUCCUAGAGGAAGUUCUUUCUAACUUUCGAUAUCCUUUGACUAAAGUGCUUUCAGACCUGGCACGAAGUAGAACGAGGGACACAACCCUGACGGGCCAUGGCUGAUAAGAACACCAAGAAAAAUCCAUUUAAGGCUUUGGAAUUACUGGGAAAGGAUGCACUCAACAGUGUUUUAGAUGAUUUCAUGGAAAAGAAUAUACUGAAGUUGGAGGAAGAUGAACGAGAGAAGUACCGUGAAGCUCAAGCUGAAGCCAAACCUGAACCAAGAGCUAAGGUACUGAUAAAUUCUCUUACUCGGAAAGUCCGCUAUGCAGGGCAAGUGUUGACUGAAAGCCUGCUUAAGGAAGAUGAAGAGGAUUACGAUGAUAAGUCACUACCUUCCGCUUCUGCAGCAAGCCAGGCCAUGUCAGCUGAGCCUGUGGGUACAUUCAAGCUAUGUUCUCCAGAAGAGUUCCAAAGGCUGAGCAAAGAGAGGAAAACACAGAUAUACCCAGUGAAGGAGAAGGAAGGCCGUACACGGUUGGCCCUCAUCAUCUGUAACAUAGAAUUUGAACAUCUCUCUGAGAGGACUGGAGCUGAACUUGACAUUGAAAGGAUGAAAAUCCUUCUUGAAGAACUAGGAUACAGUGUAGAUGUCCAAAAGAACCUCACAUCUUUGGAAAUGGAGUCAGCCCUGAGAGAGUUUGCUGCUCGCCCCGAGCACAAAUCAUCUGAUAGCACUUUUGUUGUGCUCAUGUCUCAUGGUCUUCUUGAUAGAAUUUGUGGGAAAUAUCAUCAUAUUGAUAAACCAGAUGUGCUUGCUUAUGACACCAUAUUCACAAUUCUAAACACCAAGAAUUGUGUCAAUCUGAAAGACAAACCCAAGGUCAUCAUAAUCCAGGCUUGUCGUGGGGUGAAACGUGGGGAUAUGUGGGUGAGUGAUGCUCCAGAAAUUGCUGAAGACAGCCUAAGUCAACUGCAAGUCUUUGAGGAUGACUCUGUCCAGAAGACCCAUAUAGAAAAGGACUUUAUUACUUUCUGCUCCUCAACGCCACAUAAUGUUUCUUGGAGAGACAUUGAAAAUGGCUCCAUCUUCAUUACAGAGCUCAUCCGUUCUUUCCGACAAUAUUCUUGGUGUUACCACAUAGAAGAAAUCUUCCGAGAGGUUCAGAAUGCAUUUGAAAUUCCCAAAGCUAAGGUCCAAAUGCCCACCAUUGAAAGACAGUCCAUGACAAGAUAUUUUUACCUCUUCCCAGGCAUUUAAACCUAGAAAAUCCAAGUAGCUGGGACUUUUGGUAUCCACUUAUUUCAGAACAACAUUUCCUGAUGCAACUAGGAUUGGAAAGAACUGAUUUGUUGGGAAUACACACACACACACACACACACACGUAAUAUUUAUCAUAAAGGUCUGAUAUCCAAGAUAUGUAGGCAACUAAUAGAAAUAUAUGAGACCAAAAGAUAUUGCCCUUCAAAUAUCAAAUAACUGGUUAAGCUGUUCUCCUACA